GUUACAGUUAAGUACAUAAAUCAGGCGCCGGGGCUGGUGUGAAGCGGCGGACUGGCAGCAGACAGUUGCUCUUCACUCCGCCGCGGCUCGUCGCUGCCACUGCAGCCGCUGCAGCUCCGCACACCGGCGGCUCUUCUCCAGCACUCGGAGGCAGAAUGGCGUGAGACCAGACACCGCGGACUCGUCUCUUACGGCCGAUGCGCGAUGGUGUUCUGACUGUCUGCCUGUCUGUGUGUGCGUCCGUGCGUCUUGCAGCGAGAUUGCUGCAGUGCUGUUUUUCCAGGUGUUGUGGCGCGCGUGUGUGUGAGAGUAAGUGAGUGUGUGCAUGGUGGUUCUCGAAUUGGACUAAGCCGGGAGUCUGAUGUCACAUGUGCUUCAUCGGAGGAGACGGGGCAUCUGCAAGCGGGAUUUUGUGGAGGAUGCUGCGGCAAGUGAUACACAGAGGGCUCAAGGCUUCGUUCUACUGGCUGGGCUUAUUCGUUAGCAGGCACCCCGUUUUCUUCCUCACCGUCCCCGCCGUGCUCACCAUCAUUUUCGGAUCUACAGUGCUGAGCAGAUUCAAGCCGGAGACGGACCUGGAGGUGCUUGUCGCCCCGACGCACAGCCUGGCCAAGAUCGAGCGGAGUCUCGCCAACAGCCUGUUUCCCAUCGACCAGUCGAAGCACAAGCUGUACUCGGAUUUGCACACCCCGGGCAGAUAUGGCAGGCUGAUCCUGCUGGCCAAGUCCGGGGGAAACAUCCUGGAGCUGGCCGACCAGGUCCUGCAGGUCCACAAGCAGGUGUUGGAUUUGCACGUGAAUUACAAGGGAUUCAAUUACACGUUCGCGCACCUCUGCGUGCUGAGCCACCGGGACAAGCGCUGCCUCUUGGAUGAUAUCAUCACCAUCUUCGAAGAUAUCAGGCAGGCAUUGCUCUCCAACAGCACUUUCCAUAAGGUGCCCGUGAGCUAUCCAAACACAACGCUAAAGGAUGGCCGUGUCUCCUUCAUCGGCCACCAGUUGGGUGGUGUGUCCUUCUCGCAAAACAGCCGCGACCAGCAGGUCAAGUUUGCACGCGCCGUCCAGAUCACCUACUACCUCCGCAACCAUGGACCCGUGGUGCAGGAUGUCAUUGCGGAACGCUGGGAGAACGAGUUUUGCGCCCUUGUCAACCGGCUCUCCACGGCCGAGGCGCCCCACGCGUCCGACCAGCUCCACAUCCAGUCCCUCACCUCCUUCAGCCUUUGGCGGGACUUCCACCAAACGGGUGUUCUGGCAAAGGGGGAGGUGCUGGUCAGCCUGGUGCUGGUACUCCUGGCCGCCACCAUCUCCAGCUCCAUGCGGGACUGCCUGAGGGGGAAGCCGUUCCUGGGGCUGCUGGGAGUUCUGACCAUCUGCAUCGCCAACGUGACGGCCGCAGGGAUCUUCUUUAUAUCGGACGGGAAGUUCAACUCCACACUGCUGGGGAUCCCGUUCUUUGCCAUGGGCCAUGGAACCAAAGGAGUGUUCGAGCUGCUGGCAGGCUGGAGGAGAACGAGGGAGAACCUUCCCUUCAAGGAGCGUGUGGCAGACGCUUUUGCCGAUGUGAUGGUGUGCUACACCAUGACCAGCUCACUCUACAUCAUCACAUUCGGCAUGGGAGCUAGCCCUUUUACCAACAUCGAGUCGGUAAAAAUCUUCUGCCAGAGCAUGUGCGUUGCCAUCCUGGUGAACUACUUCUAUGUUUUCUCCUUCUACGGCUCAUGCCUGGUGUUUGCCGGACAGCUGGAGCAGAACCGCUACCACAGUGUUUUCUGUUGUAAAAUCCCCUCAGUGGAGUACCUGGACCGCCAGCCCACGUGGUUUAAAACCAUGAUGAGUGACGGCCAUGACUUGUCCACGCACCACGACAGCGUCCCCUACCAGAAUCACUUCAUCCAGCACUUCCUGCGUGAGCACUACACAGAAUGGAUUACCAACACUUAUGUCAAACCUUUUGUGGUCAUUCUAUAUCUCAUCUACGCAUCUUUCUCAUUCAUGGGAUGUUUACAAAUCAGUGAUGGAUCAAAUAUUGUGAACCUGCUGGCGAGUAACUCUCCGAGUGUUUCGUAUGCCCUGACCCAGCAGAAAUACUUCAGUAACUACAGUCCCGUGAUUGGGUUUUACAUUUAUGAACCCAUCGAGUACUGGAACUCCACGGUGCAGGAGCACCUGAAGACUUUGAGUCAUGGCUUCAACAAGAUCUCUUGGAUGGACAACUUUUUCCACUACCUGCGGGUGGUGAAUGUGAGUGCGUCAACCAAGGGUGACUUCAUCACAAUCCUCAAGGGCUCCUUUCUGCGCAGCCCUGAGUACCAGCACUUCUCUGAGGACAUCAUAUUCUCCAAGAACCGUGAGACCGAUGAGUACGACAUCAUCGCCUCUCGGAUGUAUUUGGUUGCCCGGACGACGGAGAAGAAGCGAGAGGAGGUGGUGGAGCUUCUGGAGAAGCUUCGUCCGUUGAUGCUGAUCAACAGCAUCAAGUUCAUUGCCUUCAAUCCUACGUUUGUGUUCAUGGACCGCUACAGCUCCUCUGUCAUCUCGCCUAUCCUGACCUCAGGCUUCAGCGUACUCACAAUCCUCAUCCUCACUUUCUUCCUGGUCAUCAACCCCUUGGGUAACUUCUGGCUCAUCCUCACAGUAACGUCCGUCGAGCUGGGCGUCUUGGGUUUGAUGACCCUCUGGAACGUUGGCAUGGACAGCAUCUCAAUCCUGUGCCUUAUUUAUACCCUCAACUUCGCCAUGGAUCACUGUGCACCACACGUGUACACUUUUGUGCUGGCCAAUGAGCACACUAGGACGCAAUGCAUCAAGUUGGCACUGGAGGAGCACGGGGCGGCGAUCCUGCAGAACACAUCCUGCUUCGUGAUCGGGAUCAUGCCCCUGGUGUUUGUGCCUUCCAAUCUGACCUACACACUGUUCAAGUGCUCCCUUCUCAUUGCGGGCUGCGUUGUGCUGCACUGCUUCGUCAUCCUGCCCGUCUUCCUGACCUUCUUCCCGCCGUCCAAAACGAGACACAAGAAAAAGAAAAGGGCCAAGCGUAAAGAGCGGGAGAGGGAGCGGGAGAGGGAAAGAGAAAGGGAGGAGAUAGAAUGCAUUGAAGUCAGGGAAAAUCCUGAUCAUGUGACAAAUGUCUGAGUAGUGUGUAGUUAUAGCAAUGAGUAUCAGUGGUUAUCUGUCAGUUAUUGAUGGAUUAGAGGUGUCCUCCAAUGGUAAAGCACCUCUUGAGGUGCAGGGGAGUUCGAGAUGUCCCCUCAGGAGUUGGAACUCCCAAACAAUAGCAGCUAAGCUGGCUGGAGUAGAGCGCAGACCCACUGGUUAGUCAUUCAGUCCUUCAGUCUGGACAGUGUAUCUCAUUUGCACAAACUGCAACAUGGUUCUCAAUCUCUUUCCCAACCAUUUGGUAUACAAAGAAGUUGUUCUAGGACUUACGCUUUGCUAACCAAUUGUGCAGGAGACGAUUGUGCACGCACCUUACUCCUCACACCCAACAAAAAUAAACUAUCCCAAAUUCUGUGGAAAGAGAGGAACUGGGAAAAGCACACCAAAUGCUUUUCUGUGAAAGAUACAAUAGCUUAACAGCUGAACAGGGCAGAUGGCAUACACUGUGUCCAUUAUGAAGAGUUAUUUUGCACAUUGCAUUGUGUGAAUACAGCCACGGUUAAUAUAAGCAGGAGAUAUGUCUGCUCUAUUCCAGAGGUUAAAUAAGGUUGUAUGCAAUGUCUAAAGGAACUGCAGUGGGCUGCAGCGUACGGAGAGGAGGUGAUAAGCGACUGUCGUGCAGCAGUAUUUGAAUAAGCGGCAAGCCUGAGUAUGACUCAAGUUAAUCCUAAACUGUUUUUGCACCAGACCAGUAAAACCAAAAGUGAAGAGUGUUUCCGAGGCAUGAAAUAUUGAACUUUAUAGCAGGUUGAAAACAAUGGGAAGUCUAUGUGAGAGAAUGAAUGUCUCUGUGAUCAACUUACACAAGCUUACUGGCAUGGCACUGGUUAUUGUUCUGAAUGUUAUCCAAACAUAGCAGUGGUGCCAAAUAGUGUAUAUUUUAGUUUGACUGAGUUCUAUAACAACAAAAACGUCUCAGUUAGUUUAAACUUUCAUAUAAGUCAACAUGGAUCAUGAAUUAUUUAAGCUAAUGUCAAUGAUUGCUACUAAAUGUCUUUCAGAUGAAGAUUAUGAAGCAGGCUUUUAAUUAAGCAGUAAGGCACUUUUAGUUACGUACACCAUAUCUGAAUAAUGUGAAAAACUGAUAGAUAGCUGAAGUGAAACCAUUACCUUCAGGUUUUGUUCCAGAACUACAAAAGCCUCAUGCAAAAAUGUGACAUUUACAUUAAAAUAAUUACUAUAAAUCUGUCUAUUUAGUAUUUGCCAGCCUUUAAAGCUACACUUAUGGAUAGAUCAAUGGAUCAAAAGACAAUGUCACAAAUAAUCAUCACACAUCUGUAUAAUGGUUCACCUCAGCUCUGCAGAGUGUUUUAGCGUCUAUUAGCCUGUUGUUGUUCAUGCACCCUCAUGUCACAAAAAAGUGCUGCUUUAUGAAUUCCAUUCACCCCUAGCCUAAGACUAUUGAGGGUGAACAUCAAUCAUGACAAAUACAAGCUAAGGAAUAUUCUGUUAAAAUAAGAAAAAUGGCUCACGGUACUCUUCAAGUAAUUAAUUCUAGCUGCAAAAUAGUGAAACAGAACUCUCCUGGAAGUGACGUUGAGACUUCGGCUGUCUAUCUGGAAGACUAAUAAUGACAUAUUUAGGCCCUGAGCUGGUCUUGUCCAUGUAAUACAUAGGUAACAUUUGACCUAAUGCUUCAAAUGACAUCUCAAAAUGUCCAGUCCACAAAUAACCUUCCUCAAUGUUCAGUCUUAAAAUGGCUCCCACCUCCCCAGUGUACACAAUAUUAUCUUGUAAUGUGCGAAGGCGCGAUUAGAAUCUAUGUUGGAGACCUGAUACAAAGACACUCAAGGUCAGCAGCUCUGACAGAUACAAAUCUGAAGCUGACCUCCUGCAUGUGAUAGAGACACCAUGUAUAAGAGCAGAUGUGGCUGAUUUCAGACCAGUCAAUAUGCUUUUAGGGGAUUGGCUGGCUCUAAAUAAGCUAUCACUAAGAGGACACUGCUGUCCUGUUUUCUUGUGGUGUGAAGAGGGAUAGUUUGCCAUUAACAAGAAGCAAAAGGGUUAUUAAACCCACUUAUACCCACCUGCAGAAUUAGAUGCAGAGGUGAAAAAGAGUCAUGAAUUACCUGUCACCACAUUUGCAGCUUUUGUGGAGUUAGAAAGUAAUCUUAAAUGCUGAAUUGUCAAUGAUAAGAACCUUAGGAUUUUUAUUUACCAAACCAUGCUUGGAAAGUAGAUGUUUUUGGCAGGCUACUUCAUACAGCUGCUGCAGUAAAUGUCACAUUAUGUAAAAGCCAUGUCAUGUAUGUAUAGCAAGAAGGCAUGAAAUGUUUGAAACACGGGUAAGAAAUGCAAAUCUUAAAUAAUUUAAUACCCAAAAUGAACUGUGUUUGCAUGGCACUGUAAUGUAUGUAUGCAUGAAUUUAAUUUCCGUGUAUGAAGUCUGCGUAUUCUUUAUUUUUGCUACGCUGUAGUGACUUAUGUUUGUUGUUUCGAUGCAUAUUCUGUAACACCAUGUGCUGCAAAAGAACAACUUUAGUCAUAUCUGUGCCAAAACAGAAGCCAGAGGUUAAUUUCAUGUGUAAAAUAACUGUAAAUUACACUUUUCUAUAUUUUUUAAGAAAAGAAUAUACUAUAGAAAGAUUUUUAAUGACAUAAUUUUCUUAAAAAAAGAAUAAAAAAGGGAAGAAAAGUUGAACACAGUAAGCCAGUAAUAAACAGUGGAAUGUUA